AUGUUUCUGACACUACCAAACCUACAGGCGCCCGAUAGCUCUCCAACCUUUCCUGCUGGACCUUGGUCGCGUGUGCGUCGUGCAGACACAGAUCCGGAGAUCUCUGAUAAUCAGGCUUGCCAGAAGAAACGUAAAUAUCCUGAGAACACAGCACCUCUACGCUCUGUCAACGGUCAAGUCGUCCUAGCAGCACAUCGUUUGGAGAAGGUAGGGCGCGCGAAGAUCGAUCUGCACGAGACUCAACUGGCUGUCGAUGGCCGCCAACGGAUGAUCCGCCACGCAGCCGCGAGGCUUCGAAGUGGUGAUGUUGCGAGAGAGGCCACUGGCUCAACCACAACUGAUCGGUGGGAAAAAGACGCGCUCAAAGAAAUGUUUGGGAUCGACACGGAUUCGUCAGACAACAGGGAAGACUCCGACUUCGAAGACAAGGCUCCGAUUCCAAGUGAAGAAGGAAGUGAAGGGCUCUCAAAGGAAGAUGAAAGUGGCAGCGACAGUGAACCUGUCGUGGAAGAUGGGGGUUCGUCACAAGAGAGCGGUAGUUCAGCAGAGUCAAGCAUCAGCGAAGUUGCGAGUUCAAGUAAAGAGCUACCAAAUCUACACCGAAUCUCACGACACAGUGAACGCAAGGGCUACGUGGAAACGCUGAACCUAAGCGUAAGUCGGGUACCCGGAGAAGUGUUGGAUGGUCACCAACUACUCGACUUCCGCGGAAAUCUAUGGCUCCACACUACAUCGAUACUGAUAUCCAUGAUGGUGUUGCGGUCACAACACCAAGGGGUCGGUAUUAUUAAUCCGAGCAACCAGGAGUUCACACUGCCGGAUCAAAGGCGCCGUAUUGCUGGUGGGUAUGGGGCGGCGAACCAGACGAACGACCGGGUCACCGGCAUAUUCCACAUCCAGAACCACUGGGUCGCAUACUUGGUGAACAGAAGGAUCAACUCUACUACGAACAAAGCGACAUGUUUCAUGUUCGACCCGAUGCAAAGUGAGUGGAACUACGCCAUUAUUGAAAAGAGGGUGCGUGGUGUCAUUGAGGAGCUUCUGGAACUGAUGGACGCAGUUGUCUACAGUAAGGUCAAGUGGUGUAGGCAGCAGGACGGCAGCUCGUGUGGAGUGUGGUGCAUUGCAGUGCUGGAAAUGAUGCUGAAUAACGCGCCGUGCCGUAUCAUGCAGUUGCCAGUUUCCAAUGUAGGUUAA